GUUCUCAACAUAAAUACGUCAGAUCUCCAGCAGUGCAACCCCUUCAAAACUCCCCUCAGACUUCCCUAAAAUUACAUCCCGCACACCUGGUGACCCCUUCUUCUCUUCCUCAAAGGGGUCUCCUCUCUCUCUCUCUCUCUCUCUCCAAAAACCCUAAAGAAAUCCUCAACCCUCCACCACCAGGAUGGCCACGCCCUCCGACGUGGACGGCAUCGACGCCGUCCGCAUGACCUGGAACGUGUGGCCCAGAUCCAAGCUCGACGCCAGCAAGUGCGUCGUCCCUAUCGCCGCCUCCAUCUCCCCCAUCCGCUCCUCCCCCGACAUCCCCAUCCUCCCCUAUCUCCCCCUCCGCUGCAAGACCUGCGAUUGCACGCUCAAUCCGUACUCCCGCGUCGAUUUCCCCGCCAAGAUCUGGAUCUGCCCCCUCUGCUUCCAGCGCAACCACUUCCCGCCCCACUACGCUGCCAUCAGCGAAACCAACAUGCCCGCCGAGCUCUACCCUCAGUUCUCCACCGUCGAGUACGCUCUCCCCACUGCUGCUGACCCGCCUCGGCCGGUGUUCCUCUUUGUCCUCGACACCUGUCUCAUCGAUGAGGAGAUGGACUUUGUGAAGUCUGCCCUCAGGCGGGCAGUCGGGCUGCUGCCUGACCACGCACUCGUCGGGUUUGUAUCUUAUGGCACGCAGGUGCAUGUGCACGAGAUCGGAUUCACAGACAUGUCGAGGGUUUACAUCUUCAGAGGGACGAAGGAACUGUCUCAGGAGCAGAUUCUGGAUCAGUUGGGGCUCGCAGUGGGCCAGCGGGCCCCGAAGGGUGGUCAGACUGGGUUUGGCUCUGGGAUUGACAGUAGGUUUCUGCUGCCGGCAUCGGAGUGUGAAUACACUCUCAAUUCGCUUUUGGAUGAGUUACAGACAGAUCAGUGGCCUGUGGAAGCUGGUAACAGGGCCUCGCGGUGCACAGGUGUUGCUCUGAGUGUAGCAGCUGGUAUGCUCGGCGCAUGCUUUCCUGGUACUGGUGCUCGCAUUAUAGCUUUGGUCGGUGGUCCAUGCACGGAGGGCCCAGGAACAAUUGUAUCAAAAGAUCUGUCUGAGCCAGCGCGCUCCCAUAAGGAUCUUGACAAGGAUGCGGCACGUCAUUUUAAGAAAGCUGUCAAAUUUUAUGAAAAUCUUGCCAAACAGCUAGUUGGCCAGGGACAUGUUUUGGACCUUUUUGCUUCGGCACUUGAUCAGGUUGGGGUUGCAGAGAUGAAGGUUGUCGUUGAAAGGACAGGUGGCCUUGUUGUGCUGGCUGAAAGUUUUGGCCAUUCUGUGUUUAGAGACUCUUUCAAGCGCAUAUUUGAGGGUGGGGAACAAUCUCUUGGCCUUUCAUUCAAUGGCACACUUGAGAUACUCUGUUCAAAGGAUAUCAAAAUUCAGGGAAUUAUUGGACCAUGCACAUCUUUGGAGAAGAAAGGAGCUUCUUCUGCUGAUAUAGUCAUUGGGCAGGGAAAUACAACAUCAUGGAAAAUGUGUGGCCUUGACAAGAGUACUUGUUUGACUGUCUUCUUUGAUAUUUCACCCAGUGAACGUUCCCAAGGCACUUUAAAUCAGCAAUUGUACUUACAAUUUCUAACAAAUUAUCAGAAUCCUGAAGGCCAAAUGAGGCUCCGGGUUACGACUAUUACAAGAAGAUGGGCAGAUAGUUCUGCCAACUCAGAGGAAUUGGUAGAAGGCUUUGACCAGGAGACUUCUGCUGUUGUGAUGGCAAGAUUAAUCUCACUAAAAAUGGAGAUGGAGGAAGAGUUUGAUGCAACAAGAUGGUUAGAUCGAUCCCUUAUUCGUAUUUGUUCGAGAUUUGGUGAUUACCGAAAAGAUGAUCCGUCGACAUUUACAUUAAACCCGAAUUUCUCAAUAUUCCCUCAAUUCAUGUUCAAUCUGCGGCGUUCACAAUUUGUACAGGUUUUUAACAACAGCCCGGAUGAGACAGCUUAUUUCCGUAUGUUAUUAAACCGGGAGAGCAUCUCCAAUUCGGUGGUCAUGAUCCAGCCUUCCUUAAUUUCUUAUUCUUUUAGUUCACCUCCUGCACCAGCAUUGUUGGAUGUAACUUCUAUUUCAGCAGACCGCAUUCUCCUUCUGGAUGCAUAUUUUAGCGUUGUUAUUUUUCAUGGAAUGACAAUUGCUCAGUGGCGCAACAUGGGUUACCAAAAUCUGCCCGAUCAUCAGGCCUUUGCUCAGCUAUUGCAAGCUCCUCAUGAUGAUGCUCAAAUGAUCAUAACAGAUCGUUUCCCUGUCCCCAGAUUGGUUGUUUGUGAUCAGCAUGGCUCCCAGGCAAGAUUUCUUUUGGCAAAAUUGAACCCAUCAGCAACAUAUAACUCUACCCACGAAGUAGCCGCAGGCUCCGAUGUAAUCUUCACAGAUGAUGUGAGUCUGCAAGUGUUCUUCGAGCAUCUUCAGAGGUUGGCUGUGCAGUCCUGAGAGUCAGGUUUUCAGAAGUUUCCUAUUUUCAUUUGGUAGUUCCUGGUGUGAGUUGGCUCUGUAUCUCCUUUUUUUCCUCUCUGCUAUCGGAAUAAGGUAUAUAUAUAUAUAUAUAUCAUUCUUUUGGGUUUUGGAAAAUUAUCAGCUUCCUUGCAAUAAAAGGAGGCAAGGGAGGCUGAUUUGAGCUGCGUGGGGAAAAAGGGAGAAUCAUAUGUAAGUUACAUAGGCCAUGUGGUGGUGGGGUCCAUGGAUUGGAUGAUUCUUGUUAGGUCUUUUUCUUCUUUUUUUUUUCUUUUUUUUUUUUUUUUAAAAUUUCCUUUGAAAAUCCACCAAGCCCCAAAUAUAGUGAUACAUGUUUUUUUUAUUUAAGUUGUGUACUUUAACGGGCUGAAUCUCUCUCUCCCUUUUGUUUUUGGUUUUUUAUUUUUAAAGGUCUGUUUGGAUGCACUUUGCAAUUGAAUAACAUUUCCUCUACUUUCAAGUUGUAUUUGAAAGGAAUGUAAUUGCAAUUCACGAAAUAUGAGAGAACUUCUAUUGCAA